ACACAACUGAGGAGAUUUCUGAGACUUUGUGGCGUAGUGAGGCACUUGAUACUCCACUAGAAAUUAGCCAUGAGGUUGGCAGCUAUUUUGACGUGGUCAAGGUUCGAUGUUGGCCAGUCUAGUGGCUCGAAGAGGAAGGCUGAUGAUAUCGAAGGAAACAUCGAAAAAGAAAGGGAACUAAAGAGUAAACAACAACAUGAUGGCCGACAACCCGGAACUCAAAGGGUGGAAAGGGAACUAAACAGUAAACAACAACAUGAUAGCCGGCAACCCGGUAGUCAAAGGGUAGCUACCCAAAUAAACGCUACGGAGAAGAGGCGCAGGGAUCGAAUAACUGACAGAAUAUUUGCUCUCCGGGAGCUUGUUCCCAACUGCAACAAGGUUGGCCCCUGGUGUUUGGGGGAGCCAAGCAACUUAAUUUAUAGCAUUUUACUUUGUUUUUGGUGUAUUUCUUUAAUCUCUUCUCCUUUCUUUUCUUUCUUUAUACUAAAUGUGAUGUGUCUACAGAGAGACAAAGUAUCAAUUCUAGGUGAUGCUGUUGACUACAUAAAGUUUCUGCAAAUGCAAAUUCAGAUGACGCAACAUAUGGGAGUUGGUUCCAUGUCCCAAGGUCUGUAUAUGUCCCAGACAAGACAACCAUGCUUGCAAGUCCCAAAUCUAGCUCCUCACCAUUUUAUGAGACCAAUGAUUGGUAUGCAAUAUGGCGUACCGCAAUUUGGAUCCUAUGUUCCCACAAAUAUUCCAACAUUUCCACCAUUUUUCUCGGGAUUUCCACCAUUGGUGCCACCAGUCUACCCGGGCACUGGAUCAUUACCAUGGGGACAAACAAGACCUCUCAUACCUCCUCAGGAGCUACGGUUUCCAUCACAGGCAUCUCAGUCUACAAUACCUUUUUCAGAUACAAUUAUUCCAACAACUUUCUCCCAAGCUGGAUCCACGGACGUCCUUGGUCAACCUUUGUAUCAUGUGCCAGUGACAAGUCAGGAUCCUGGAUUCACUUCAUGGUCACUAAUCAGUGUAUAUGAUACUAGUACUUCUCUUAACAGGGCACACGGUAGGUUUACAUGCAGAAGUGCAAGCAAGUAUGCCCGUUCCUGA